ACGCCAGUGGUUCAAUGUGGUGGGGGUCCAGUGGUCUACUUUACCGAGCUAGUUAGCCAACUGCUUGCGUCUUAUUUACUCAGUGCUCUUCUAGUCAGUCGGCUCUGCUAGUUGCUACUGCGCAGUCAAAGCAGGGCUUGUCGUACAUUCCGCAAGUUCGAACUGUUUGCUAAAAACGUGACCAUGUCGCCACCGAAGAAAGAAGAAUGUAUUGAAUUCGCCGACGUAGAAACAGACAAGGUUGGUGAUACACUAUUCUCGCCACCGCCAAUGAAGCAUUCUCAAACCCGCGACAGUAUAUCCUCAAUUGACAGCGACAUUUCGUUAACUUACGAUGGGAAUGGUGAGCCCACUGCAGUGGCACCCAGUUCUGGGGACGACGAGGGGGCUCAUCUGGCGGACCAGUCGGACUGUGGCUCAGAUACAGGCUCUACGACGGGUAAAGAUUCAGGCUGUGAGGUGACCGACAAACCCCAGGAACCAUCCUUUAUAGAACCAGAUGAUGAACUGGCCAACCGGAUCGUGACACAGGUGGAAUUUUAUUUUUCGGACGUGAACAUUACAAAGGACGCGUUCCUGCUGAAGCACGUAAAACGCAACAAAGAAGGGUUCGUGUCCCUGAAGCUUAUCUCAAGUUUUAAGAGGGUAAAACAUCUUGCUAAAGAUUGGCGUGUUGUCGCGUAUGCUCUCGCCCGAUCAACAAAACUUCAGAUUAACGAAACGGGCACCAAAUUACGGCGAUUAGCACCGUUACCACAGUACGACGAAACGACGCCUUCUCGAACUGUAGUAGCCAUGCACCUUCCACAUGACAAGCCCACAAUCGAGAGCGUGGCAGAGCUGUUCUCCUGCUACGGCGAGAUUGCCCUGGUUCGUAUCUUGCGGCCCGGAAAUCCUGUACCUGCAGAUGUCCGCAACUUUGUAGCUAAACGUCCCGAGCUGGACGGUGUCGUGUGCGCCCUAGUGGAGUUUGUGCAUAAGGAAUCUGCUGAAAGGGCGGUACAAUCACCAGACAGGGACUGGAAGGGGCAUAGUCUGGGCAUCAAAGUAGUGGAGCUCAACGUCCCCGAACGCACGAAGAAGAAGUCUCUGCCCAACAAGAAGACGGCGCUCGCCAGGUUUUUCGAGUCGGAGUGCUCUUCGUCCUGCCCCAGUGGGUCCGAGGCAGAGCAGGAAACUCGCCAAAGGUACAGAUUGCGCCGCUGCUGCUCCUCCUCCUCCUCUUCGUCCAGUGGGCCUUCCGCCCCCAGCACCACAAGCUCCAGUUGGAUGCAGCGCCGCCUUGCCUACAGCAGGGACUCCGGCUCGGAGAGCAGCAGCUCUAGCCUGUACGGUAGGUCGCGGUGCAACAGCGUGGUGUCUGACGCCGGCAGCUGCAGUCCCUAUGUCCGUUCUCGCUACAACAGUGGCAUGUCGGACAGUCACCGCUCCCGCUGCAACAGUGGCAUCUCGGACACUCGUCCCCGAAGUAAUAGUGGUGCUUCACAUCUACCAGACAAUGUUGUUCGGCUGCCACGCGGGCCGGAUGGGACUCGCGGUUUCCAUUGCGGCUACCGGGAGCAAAUCGCGGCCAUUCUGGCUGUGGGCUGAGCCCGAGAUUCGUUCGUCUGUUUUCAAUGUGCAUGUCCACUGCUCGUAAAGUUGAACAUUUUAUACGGCAGAUACAUGUUUCUAUUUAUUGGCAGUCUUGCUUUGAAUGGUUAAUGGAAAAGUGUGAGCCGUCAACAUGUAGACAUUCUACCAAAGACAAUGUAAACUAACGUUAGCUGUCAGUUUAUGUUACUUUUGUUACACGUAAAUAAAUAUAUCGACGA